AGCCGGCGGCUGUGCAGUUGGCGGCUAAUUGCUUAGCCGUCUAAACAUCACAGAUAAAGGGGUAAACAUUAACUCGACUCGUGUGUUUGCUUGUCGGAAGAACUUUCUUACUUUCCAGGGGAACAUGGCGACGACUAGUUCUGUGUGGUCUAAAGGACAUAUGUUGUACAGGUAUUCUGUGAAUCUGCGCCAGGUUACCAGGAGGUUUUCAGAGAGCAGCGACAAAGGCUGGUUCCGUUCCUUAUUUGUGCACAAAGUCGAUGCCAGAAAAGAUGCCCACUCCAACCUGCUCUCAAAGAAAGAGACCAGCAACCUUUAUAAAAUUCAAUUUCACAACGUCAAACCGGAGUGCCUGGAAGCAUACAACAGUCUAGAGGCUGAGGUGCAAAACAGGCUCCAUCAGGACCAAGACUUCCCAUGUGAGGUGGUUGGAAGCUGGAAUACCUGGUAUGGAGACCAGGACCAAGCUGUGCAUCUAUGGCGAUACAGAGGAGGCUACCCAGCCUUGACUGAAUGCCUGGAGAAGCUGAACAGUAACAAGGAGUAUGUAGAGUUUCGGAAAGAGAGGGCAAAAAUGUUGAUUUCAAGGAAAAAUCAGCUCCUCCUGGAGUUCAGUUUCUGGAAUGAACCGUUGCCCAGACCAGGACCCAACAUCUAUGAAAUGCGCAGCUAUCACCUCAAGCCAGGAACUAUGAUUGAAUGGGGAAACCACUGGGCAAGGGCAAUCAAAUACAGACAGGAAAACAACGAAGCAGUGGGCGGGUUCUUCUCACAGAUUGGCGAUUUGUAUGUUGUUCAUCAUUUGUGGGCUUAUGAAAGCCUCCAGUCCCGAGAGGAGACCAGAAACUCUGCCUGGCUGAAGGAGGGAUGGGAUGCAAAUGUGUAUUAUACAGUACCUUUGAUCAGAAGCAUGGAGUCUAGAAUAAUGAUUCCCACCAAGAGUUCACCUUUACAGUAAAAAAAUAACCUAAAAAGCAAAAAAGACUGAAACUGGGACCUUCUCUUCGACUAUAGUUUAUUCAUCUACUGCCAGAGCAACAUGUCGAUUCUUUUUUUUUUUUUUUUUUUUUUUUUUUUUAAACUGCUGGAUGAUAUGUGUUACUUUCAAAUAUAGAAACAAAACAAAGAUUUUCUGAUUCUGUAUUUGCAUACCGAAUAGCUGGUCAUGACAAGCAAUGAUGCAGUGUGUUUAUGUGCAUGUAUUCUCAGAGUUCUGAAAGAGAGAAUUACAAACUGGCAAAAUGACAAAUUAUAUGCGUUAUAUUAAUUGCAUGUAUUUUACACUGUAGAUUGAAAAUUACAUGAUUGUGUCGAGGUAGGUGUGGUAUUAUUCCUGAUUUUUUGUUUUGUUUUGUUUUUUUACAGUGAAUUAAUAACUAUGUAGUAGUUUUCACAAUGAAGGGACAGUCUCUGUCUGUCUUUUUAUGAUUGUACUUUUAUUACUGGAUAUGAAUCACCCUCAAUGAAAUCACACUGAGCCUCUCAAGUGUGACUGUUAAAUGCAUAUUUGACCAAAUAAAACCCACCCUACUACCUCAUUUGUCAAAAUAUCUGAUCAUCAGUUUCCUGAUUAAAAUGUAUGGUAAAGUGUUAGGAGCCUACAAGGAGCAUGACUGUGAAGGGGUCAUUAAUUUCAAAAUAAAGGUUGACUAACACACA